AUGUCACCUUCGACAAAUUCUUGCAAUCACAGCCGCGCCCGAUCGCAGGGCGACGAUUCUAGCUCCACUAUUUCGCCUCGCCACGAUGACGCGGCACCAUCACCGACAGCGCAGUCUUCGGCAUCUGAGACUAACUUGAAUGAAGUCGCCGCCCCGCGUCCCGUCUAUGACCCGUCUGAAAAACCAGUCCAACGCAAAGAAUACCUAGAAAACCGCAGUACAGAAGACUCAGAGUCAACCGUCCAGGAACUGAAGACAGAGCCGGCUCAGGUUGAUAACAACGGCGUCCAGGCUUCUGGUGCCAGCUUGGGAACUAAAACCGAGAGUCCAGCUGGUCAUUGGCUAUCUAAGGUAGCCAGGACUACAUGCAUUGUGGGGUACCUGAUUCUGUUCUCAUUUAUUGGCACGCUUCUCCGAAUCGCCAUAGAAUGCCUGACAUUUUACCCUGGGUCGCCGGUGAACACAAGCGUUCUCUGGGCCAAUGUCGGAGGCAGCUUUAUCAUGGGGUUUUUGAGCGAAGAUCAGGAGAUAUUUAGAUUUGAAGAGGUUGUGGCUAAAAUCCCGGAAGAGGAGAGGCAAGACGGCACGCGGAGGGCUGCACAUUUGAAGGCACACAAGAAAACGAUACCGCUCUACAUCGGGUUAACGACGGGUUUUUGCGGGAGUCUAACAUCCUUCUCCACCUUCAUUCGAGAUGUAUAUCUGGCAUUAGCCGACCGACUUCCCGUGCCGAUCGGCCAUUAUGCAGAUAUCUCCUUGUUUGCUUCGGCUCCGGCUGUGGCCAGAACUCCGAAUGGUGGUUUUAGUUUUAUGGCUCUAGUUGCUGUGCUGUUUACAGAAAUUGGUCUGUCUCUGGCAGGCCUUUUUCUCGGGGCACACCUCGCGAUUGGCGUAUCUCCUUGGACACCAAGCCUUCCCCAGCACUGGCUGCGCAAAGUACUAGAUCCCGCCGCAGUUAUCUUCGCAUGCCUUUCAUGGGUUGCAGUGAUUCUCUUGGUGAUUUUAUUGCCGGAAAAUUCACAACAGAGCACUCUAUGGAGCGCAGAGUUAUGGAGAGGGCCGGUCUUAUUUGCUCUAGUCUUCGCUCCGGUCGGGUGCCUAGCCCGAUUUUUCAUUUCCCUCAAACUCAACAGCCGAAUCCGGUCUUUUCCUCUUGGAACCUUUACAGUGAAUGUGUGUGGCACAAUGUUACUGGGAAUGGCAUACUCAAUUCAGCAUGCCCCGAUCGGAGGAUCUAGUCUUGGCGGUGGCAGCGUCAUUGGUUGCCAGGUCUUACAAGGGAUCAUGGACGGAUUCUGCGGAUGUCUCACAACUGUCAGCACGUGGGUGCUAGAACUUUCGGAUCUCCGCAGACGUCACGCGUAUUUGUACGGCGGUAUAAGUGUUAUGAUCGCCCUUUGUGCGCUAGUGGUCGAAAUCGGGAGCUUACAGUGGACUCGCGGUCUGGUAACUCCAUCGUGCUUCCGUUGA